UGUAUAACAAGAGACGGCAACAGAAACGAUGUUCGUUGCUCAUCUUCUGUCACUGAUUUUACCAGAAUCAGUGAAGACACAGUCCUCGCCACCCUGCCCUUCCGAAAAAUGAUUCUUAUUAUCAACCCUUUAAGUUUGAGAAUCAAAAGAAUUCAGCUAGGAUUAAUCUUGGUUUCUUAUUUGGAACAUUCUACGCUUAUAGGUGUAGAAAUGUUUGGUCGGACCAUAUACGUCAUUGACUGGGAAGAGAAUAGAAUAAAAUACGAAUUCAUAACGAAAGAAACCCCUUCAGAUUGCUGUAGGAGCACAAAAUAAACUCUUAGUAUCCUUUUCCAAUAUUAACAGGGUUACCUGUUACAAUGUGGAUGGUCAGCAGUUAUUUGAGGUGGAUACAAAUUCCCUGGACAUUCCAAGCCACAUCUCUGUGUACCAAAACCAUUUUUAUGUCCUUCAGGGACAUAUUAUUUAUCGGAUAUCAGGUACAGGUGCUGUGACAACAAGAGAAAUUGGCAUGAAAUGCCGCCAUAUUUCUGUUGGCAAAGAAAACAUUUUUGUAAACGAUUAUUUGAUGUCCUUCAUAUCAUUGGAACAAAUGAAGACUUUUGGCCCAGGCAGUCAUAUAACCCCCAGCUAUGGACCCCAACAUUGAACAACUAUAUUUAUAUUGAGGAUUGCUACAACAUUACUAAUAUUCUACCUAUGUCUACAUCUUCUAUAUUAAUAAUUUACAAAAACAAGAAAGCUAAAUUAUUCACUGAUAACGGGGAAAUAAUUAACCAAAAUAAUUCAGUUUUCCUUGAGCCUCCUUCUUUCUGUUGUAGAAUAAACGCAAACAGAUUCCUGGUAUUUUAUUGUGAAAUGAAAGGAUUUCAGUAUAUCACCUGUCCUGAACUAAGAAAAGGCCCUUUAAUAAAGGUGCAAACUGGUUACAUGAAAAUAUGUCAUAUUGUAUCAAAUAAGUGUCUGGCUGUGACCACCACUGAAAACAAAAGUGAGGUCCAUAUCCUCUUGAUCAACGAAGAUAAAGUUGACAUUGCAGAAAGAAUUUCUCUGGGACAUCAUAAUGUCAGCAUUGCUGCAACUCCAAUUAAUUUUGUAGUUGUAGAUGGAAACGAAAAUAAAAUGGUAUUUUAUUCCACAUGUGGUGAAGAACUUUUUCAAAAAUACCUUCCAUUCUAUGGCCACCCUCAUCACAUUUACUCUGAUAAUGUUUAUUUCUAUGUCCUCUUCAGGAGACACUCUAUUCUCAGAUGUUACGAUCUAUAUGGACAAAUGAAGUGGCAGUGGGAACUGCCUUUCCCUGUUCACACUCACAUUGCUGUUUUCCAAGGAACUCUUUAUGUCCCGGACUCUCAACUCAACAGGGUUCUUCUUUACAAGUAUCAAGACCGGUCGUCUGCCUGCCUUUUACCCAUUAAAAAUCCUUACAUCAGAAAUCUAAAUCUACGACUCAAAGAAAAGGAGAAUGACCAAAAACUUGUCAUUGGAGAUGGAAGACAUUUGCAUUUUGUUGAUAUUGAUGAAAUACAUUCGAGUGUGAAGGAAAUAAAGAAAAUAAACAUACCUGAACUAUUAAUGGAGAGAAACGAAGAUGGAAAUUAUUCUGAUGGAAUCCUGGAAAUUAAAGUUACUGAUGGAGAUGUCAUCAUUGUCUUAAACACGAGAUUCAUCAUUUUCUUCAACAGAGGUGGUCAAUAUUUACAUUCAGUCAGACACUACAUGGAGGAUUUGGGGGGUGAUGAUGACACGAUGACAAUUGAUGACAGUUUUUUGUACAUUCAAUGUGGGUGGGAGAAAUCUUUACAUUUAUAUAAAUAUCGAAACAUUUUGUGUUUGACCCAGAAUGGGGAAUACAAGAGAAUAUUUUUAAAUAAAAGAAUUUAUAAAGAUAAAGUAGAUUUCUUCAGUAUAGACUGUAAAGGACCAAGGUUUGUUGGAAGCCCCUGGAAGGAAGAAAGGAAUGAAUUGUAUGUUGAAGGGUUGUUUAUGGUGAAUCGAGACAGCUUCCCAGUUGCUCGUUUACAAACAGACGAAUGUCCUGUUCAAGUAAAAGAUUUUGAUGUCUCUGAGGAAGGAAAGACAGUGUGUGUGAAAAAGCCAAUAAUGGAAAUGUUAAAAUAUUCGAUGAAGAUGGCCAGUUGCUACGUCACAGAAAUGUUGCAAGUUUAG